ACGGUAUAACCCAGGAAGAAAUAACCAGCGUGGACGUGAGAGCCCAAGUUGAGUGCUCUUUUGAAUUGUGUUUAAUAUUUACGUGUUUUCUUGCGAUCGAGAAUUCAGGUCCUGUUUUUUGUAUUUAGUAGUGGACAGCUUUGCACAUUUGAUCGCUGUUAUUAAGUGAUAGAUUCACUGCACACUCAGUAUAUUAUUUUAUUUUGAAUUAGCAUAUUUUUCAGAAGUCUGCAACAAUUAUUAUUUCUAUAGGCUAAAUUGUUAUGGCAGGUAUUUCUACAAAGACUGUGCACGACAUUUUUCAAAAUAUGGAGUACGGACCAUCCAGCACGAGCACUGCAACUGCACAGUCAUGGCUGGAGAAACACUCUCGCAUUCUUGGCCUCUUCAUUGAUGGGAAAUUUUCCAGCCCUGCAGACAGACAGACUCAGGAUGUGACUGAUUCCAAAGCAGCGGUGGUCUGCAGCACUGUUUGUGCUAAAGAUGAGGAUGUUGCGUCUGCUGCUUCAUCUGCAGCCCGAGGCUUUAAAACCUGGAGUGAUCUGAGCUGUUACCAAAGAGCCAAAGUGUUACUCAAGUUGGCAGGUGUGGUGCAGAGACACAGUCAGUGUGUGUCUGAGCUGUGUGAGCUCUCUCAGUCGUCCACCUCUCCUGCUGUGCUCGUUAGACUGGCCCAAUACUAUGCCAGCUGGGCUCAACUACGAGACACGCUCAUGCCUGAGUGGAUCCCGCAAGGUGUCGUGGCAGUGGCUGUUUCAGAUGACUGCUCUGUUUAUUUUCUCAUGCUUAAGGUUUUGCCAGCUCUAGCUAUGGGCAAUGCUGUUAUUGUGGUGCCUGGCAAGACGACCACUCUUCCUGCCCUUCUGUUGGCUCAGCUGUUUAUGGAGGCUGGACUCCCUGCUGGAGUGCUGAAUGUGGUCACAGGCAGUGAAGCAUCGCUGGCUGCCAAAGUGGCUCAAAAUUCACAAGUGAACCACCUGACCUACAGUGGAAGCCAACAGACUGGAGAAGCCCUGGCUAAAGCGGUGGCUGGUUGGGGAGUCCCCAUGUCUUUCUCUCUGUCACUCAGUUCUGUGUGUCCUUUUAUCAUCUUUGACUCAGCAGACCUCGACAGUGCUGUGGAUGGAGUGAUAGAGCUGGCCUUCAAGAAGAAAAGAGAUUUCCAGUGGGUGCUCUGUGUGCAGGAAUCAGUGCUGGACAGUGUUGUGGCCAGGCUGAAGUUAAGAAUGACUGGGAUGAAAUGUGUUGCUCUUGCCACUGAGACUGACAGGAACCUUAUAGAUGCUGCAGUUCAGGAGACCCAGCAGCAGGGGGGGACGCUGAUCCAGUCAUGUUCACCUGUAUCUACUGGUGGUCUCUAUCCCCCUACCAUACUGUGUGGACUGGCUCCUUCCUGCGAGGCUGUGAUUUCUCCUCCUCCAGGCCCUGUGCUGCCUCUCAUAUCCUUCAGGAGCUCCGCUGAGGGAGUUACACUCGGAAACCACAGUCCUCAUGGUCAGGCGGCCUCCAUCUGGACUGAAGAUUUGACUCUGGCUUUGGAGUCUGCAAAGAGUCUGUGUGUAGGUUCGGUGUGGGUGAACUGUCAUUCUGUAAUGGAUCCUGCAUUGCCUUUCUGUGGACGAAGGGAGAGCGGGAACUGCACCGAUGGAGGCAGAGAGGGUCUGUAUCAGUUCCUUCGGCCGUCACAUUCACCCUCCUUCCCUCGCUCCAGUCCCAGCUCUAUCAACUAUGCUGAUUUUGGCUCUGCAGCUUCCAAAUUCGUGAUACCUGAAGGAUUUGAUCCUUCCAGUGUCCCUCGCUUUUACUCCCAGUAUUUGGGUGGUCAGCUGCGUAAAGCUGACUCGGGGUGCAGUAGGUCAGUGUUGGCCCCUGGGGGCGCUGUACUGGCUCACUGCCCUGACGGAGGCAGGAAGGAUGUCCGGAAUGCAGUAGAGGCUGCCAUUAAGGUCCAACCAGGGUGGAUGAAGAAAAGCCCUGCUGCACGCUCUCAGGCCCUUUAUUCACUUGCUGACAGUCUAGAUAAGAGGAGGCAGGACUUAGCUGUAUCGAUCCGGACUCAAACAGGCAUCCCAUUAGACGAGGCAGAGAAAGAGGUGGAGCUUAGCAUCUCGAGGCUCUCUGAUUGGGCUGCACGCUGUGAUAAAGAGCAGGCUGGAACUCCAUUCCCACCCCAGUCUGGUACCGCCCUGUCAACUCCUGAGGCGUUAGGGGUCCUGGGAGUGAUUCUUCCCAACUCCAAACCGCUGCUCUCUCUGGUGUCCUUGCUAGGGGCAGCUAUUGCCAUGGGUAAUGCUGUUGUCAUGGUGCCAAGUGAAAAAUACCCUCUUCCAGCUCUCGAAUUUAUACAGGUCCUGCAGGCCUCUGAUAUCCCUGGAGGUCUGGUCAGUAUAAUAACAGGGGGCAGGGAUCAGCUGACCCAUUCACUUGCCAACCACAGUGUGAUUCAAAGCAUUUGGUAUUGGGGAAGUAAAGAGGGCUGUCAGUUUCUUCAGUACUCCUGUGUCAGUCCCCUUAAACAUCUGUGGCUACACUGUGAAGAGGAAGAGGAGAAGGAAGCAGGACAAAACUGGACCAGCUCAAAUCCCUCUCUUCAAGAAGAGCUUUGGAGGAAGGCGGUGGUCUGGAAAAGUAUUUGGAUCCCUACUGCAUAAAGCACUUAUUAUUAAAGUUUUCCACAAGCCAUCUGGACAUCAGAAAUUGAGCAGGCGUAUUAGGAGAACCUCUAACGUUUGUUUCACUUUCACAAAGUCGUGUGAAAUAAGGAAGAUUACUUUUAAUAUUGUUCCCCAUGAUAGACGGUUGUAUUCUGACAAAUAAAGAACUGGUAACAAGUCUUAACUUGUUUAUUGCAAUAAUAGUUGUCAGAUUAUAUUACAAAUGUAAAAAAUGAAAACUGUGAUUAAAAAGAUACUAAAUGAUCACCUGUCCCAAAAUAAGGGGUACUCCGUUUUAUUUAAUAAAAAAUAAAAAAUAAAUACACCCUUGAUAGCACCAUGCACAUGACAGAAACCUCUAUUUGAAGUUUUCAUUUACAUCUCCAAGAUGUAUUUAAUUUUUGCUCCAAUCAGAAGACACUUCCUAUCUGAUAUUAAAUAGACAUUUAGACAAUGUCUUGAAGAUGUUUAUGAUUUAGUAUGUAUGUAAAACUGUCCUAAUACAUUUAUCAGAUGUUUUUACACAGCAGAUGUUUCCCAGAUCAAGCACUCUGCAGCAGAUAUCUAUCUUAAAAACAUACCUGUCCUAUCUGGGAAGACUUAAAAAUAGCAUAGAGUAUUACACAGAUUAUAAAUUUACAUAGGUCACGUCCAGUGUUGGGGAGUAACUUGCAUGUAAUGGUAAUAGAUAAUUUAAUUACAAAAUAAAUGUAACUGUACUCAGUUACAGUUACUGAGAAAAAAUAAAUGUAAUUAAAUUACAGUUAUAUUAUUUUUUAUAACCAUAUAUGGUUUAUUUUUUAAGGUUAGCUUUUUUCCCAGGAUAUUGUUAAAUACCAAUGUUUCCUGUCAUAGCUAUGCAACAGUUUGAUUUCAAAAACAGUAUCAUAGCUAUUAAAUUAUAUCUAGUUAUGGUUUUAAAUCUAUAUUUUACCUAAGAAUGAUCUCAAAGUAAAAGGAGGUGCUAAAGUCUGAUUUUGUGGUAGCAGUGCUUCAAUACGUGUGGCAUUCUACUUACUCUGAUUACUACGAAGGUGAAAUGGAGACUAGUACACACCCUAAGAGUUCAUUCAAGUUUCAAUCGUAAGCAAUGCAUAAGGAAGUGAAAUGGCGAAAUGCUGCUGAGUCACGGUGACACAGCACAAUGCCGAGUCUUGUGAGUGUAGCCCACAUGUUUUAUUGCUGACAAUAGUGAGGUUUCGUGUGCAAAUUAUGUCAAAAUGCUUAGUCACUGUCACCUGAUGGAUAAUCUUUACACCCGAAGGCAGGUGAAAAACAGUGCUACACACGGCUGUUAUUGAAAGACUGUCCCAUGAUGUUUAUAUGGCUUCUGUUACAGUGCAACAUAGGCAGCAAAGCAAAUUAUCAUCGUGUUGAUAAAAAAUUACCUAUUUUUAAGCCUUUAACUAUUUAUUUUCAUUUCAUUUCAUUUUCAUUUCAUUCUUUCUGUAAAUAGUUUAAGGUUCAACCUUAAAUGUUUGCAGUGAAAAUACAAUGUGGCACAGGUUGAUUAAAAACAAACAUGCUGAAUUAUACCUUUUUUUUUUUUUUUUUUUUUUAAAAAAAAAAAAAAAAAAAACAUUCGUUCUAAUAUCAGUUAAUGCGAAUCUUAGAAUCAGGUUUACUGUUCUUUAUCACUUGCAUUACACCCCUGUAAUUUAAAUAUGUCGUAUGCUUGUUUAAUAACAAAAACAUCGAAUUUACUGCUACAUUGUCUACAUAUUACCCACACAAAAUCUAGCAUGUAUCGAUUUCUGUUGAAUUUAGCUGGGCAUUAAUUAUUAAAAAAGGUAAAAUAUCUUAUCUCCUUUGUCUACUGACGGUCAGCUGACUGUUUACCACUUCCUCAUUCAGUUCGUUUUUUGAUUGGCUGGUUUCAGUUCCACUUACGCGUCAUGUUGUGAGAGUAUAUAAGACGAGCGCGCACCUUCCGUUUCACAGCUUCAGGACGACUUGAAGAGGUUCUUGCUUCAACAGUGUUUGAACGGAACUUCGAUCUCGCUGGACUCUCCCUUGGAAAACAACUCAUUUCGUAUUUAUUAUUUUUUACCAACAUUUUGAUAAUAAAACGACAAAAAAAUCCGCCGAAAUGGAUUCUCAGAUUCGUCAGAACUACGACCGCGACUGCGAGGCUUUGAUCAACAAGAUGGUGAAUUUGGAGCUUUAU